AUGGCCAUCUCAAAGAAGGCCGGCGGAGGCAAGAAAGGGGCACUCGGCGCCCUCACGGGCGGUGGUGGAGGCAACAAGAGCAAAUCCGCUCCACCCAAGAAGGGGGCGCCACCCGGUGGGAUCCAGAAGGCCGACUGGUCGGAUGUCAUGAAGAAGCCUCAGGCGGGAGUGUCCGACAUGACGCUGCUCAGUAAAGUGUCCAACGAGGCCAUCGUGGAGAAUUUGCAGAAGAGAUUCAAGAAUGGGGAGAUUUAUACGUACAUCGGCAACGUACUUAUCUCUGUUAACCCUUUUCGCGAUCUGGGCAUCUACACCGAGGACGUGCUGCGCUCUUACCAGGGCAAGAACCGACUGGAGAUGACCCCGCAUGUGUAUGCGAUUGCAGAGGGGGCGUGGAAGAAUAUGACUGACUAUGGACAGAACCAGUGUGUCAUCAUCUCGGGAGAGAGUGGUGCGGGCAAGACAGAGAAUGCCAAGAAGAUCAUGCAAUUCGUCGCAGCAGUCUCCGGAUCGACGGGAUCAGCGCAGGCAGUAAACGACAUGGUCCUGGCUACGAACCCGCUCCUUGAGUCCUUCGGAAACGCAAAGACGAUCCGAAACAACAACUCGUCGCGAUUCGGCAAGUACCUCGAGAUCGCCUUCGACGCACAUGGCCAACCUGUAGGCUGCACGAUCACCAGCUUUCUGCUCGAGAAGAACCGCGUCGCAGCACAGGGGAGGGACGAGCGCAACUUCCACAUCUUCUACCAACUGGCAAAGGGCGCGAGUCCCGAGCAGAGGGAUACACUGGGAGUGCAGGGACCGGAAGCGUAUGCUUACACCAAUCAGUGCUUGGACGUGGCCGGGAUCAACGAUGUCGCCGACUUCAAGGAGACGUGCGACGCAAUGAACGUCAUUGGGUUGUCUGCCGCAGAGCAGGAUAACAUUUGGCGCAUGGUCGCUGCGAUCCUCUGGUGCGGCAACAUCACCUUUGCGCUGGACAAGGACGAGAACGCAGCCAUUGCCGAUGAAGGAGUGACCGACUUCCUCGCCUACCUCUUGGAAGUCGACUCCGACUCGAUCAAGAAGGCUCUCACUCAGCGCGUAAUGGAGACGCAGCGAGGUGGUCGUCGAGGAUCCGUCUACGAGGUCCCGCUCAACGUCGCUCAAGCCUCUUCCGUACGAGACGCCCUUGCAAAGGCCAUCUACAACAACCUCUUCGAGUGGAUCAUCCAGCGCGUCAACAUCUCCAUGCAAGCGAAGGCCGCGGCGAGUAAUACGCUUGGGGUGCUGGAUAUCUACGGCUUCGAGAUCUUUGACCACAACAGCUUCGAGCAGCUCUGCAUCAAUUUUGUGAACGAGAAGCUUCAGCAGAUCUUUAUUCGCCUCACCCUCCAGCAGGAGCAGCAGGAGUACGAGGAUGAGGGGAUCAAGUGGACCCCGAUCCAGUACUUCAACAACAAGGUUGUCUGCGACUUGAUCGAGGAGAAGCGGCCACCGGGCGUCUUUGCGGCUUUGAAUGAUGCUUGUGCGACGGCACACGCCGAUCCCAGUGCCGCGGACAACUCCUUUGUUCAACGACUGGGCUCGCUCAGCUCCAAUCCGCAUUUCGACUCGCGAGGCUCCAAGUUCCUCGUCAAGCACUACGCCGGUGAUGUCAUGUACACGGUAGCCGGAAUGACGGAGAAGAACAAGGACGCCCUUCUGAAGGACAUCCUCAAUCUCGUUGACUCGUCCUCCAACCAGUUCCUCCAUACUCUUUUCCCGGACCGACCAGACCCCGACAGUAAGAAGCGCCCGCCCACUGCGGGUGAUCGCAUCAAGACGAGUGCCAAUGCGCUGGUGGACACGCUCAUGAAGGCGCAACCCUCGUACAUUCGCUGCAUCAAGCCCAACGAGAACAAGAGCAGCACAGAGUACGACAAUUCCGCCUGCACGCAUCAGGUCAAGUACCUCGGCUUGCAGGAGAACGUGCGAGUGCGUCGCGCCGGAUUUGCGUACCGAAAUACCUUCGAUCGAGUGGUACAGCGCUUCUACCUGUUGAGCCCGCACACCAGCUAUGCCGGCGAAUACACCUGGCAGGGUGACAGCCGCUCAGCGUGCGAGCGCAUCUUCACCGACACUGGCAUCCCAAAGGAGGAGUGGCAGCUAGGGGCAACAAAAGCCUUCGUCAAGGCGCCGGAAACCAUCUUCGCUCUCGAGACAAUGCGCGAUCGCUACUGGCACAAUAUGGCUACGCGAAUUCAGCGGGCGUAUAGGGCUUACCUGAGGUACAAGGAUGAGAGCGCGCGCCGCAUUCAGGGGAUGUGGAUGAGGGAGAAGAAGGGAAUCGCCUACGCACAGCUGCGUCAGUAUGGCCACGACGUCCUGGCGGGACGCAAGGAGCGAAGGCGCUACUCUUUGCUUGGGUCGCGCCGCUUCCUAGGUGACUACCUCGACGUCAACGGGCAGAGCGGCUCAGCGGAAGGGGAGAUGCUCCGUCGAGUGGCUCAGUUGGGUCCGGGUGAGAGCGUGGCGUUCAGCUCUCGCAUCGAACUACUCGUUUCGCGGUUGGGUCGCUCCAGCAAGCCCAGUCCGCGCUUCCUCAUUCUAAGCGACAAGGCCGUGUACAUCAUCGUGACGCAGAUGGUCAACAAGCAGGUCCAGACGAUGGUAGAGAGGAAAAUGCCCCUCGCCUCCAUCCAGACGGUCGGCUUAUCGGCGCUGCGUGACGAUUGGGUCAUCCUGAACGUCGGGGGAAGCUCAGAGGAGGGGGACCCCGUCUUCCACUGCUACUUCAAGACGGAGUUGGUCGUUCAUCUCCUGCAGCGCUCGAACGGGGCUAUCAGCUUGCGCGUGGAUAAUGCGCUGCAGUACAAAAAGAAGAAGGACAAGAUGGCCACGAUCACUUUCAAGAAGGACGAGGCCAUUCCGCGGGAUGAUGUGUACAAGUCCUCGACUGUUAGCGUGCCUAGCGGGGAGGCGCCCACCAGCCAGUCAAGGCCAGCACCGAAGAAGAAGCCCGGUUUGGUGCGACCGAUCACGCAGGGCAAGCUGCUCAGGCCUGGUGGGCCGGGCAAGCAGGCCCCUAAGAGGGCGCCCGUGGGGAAUAGGACGACGAAGGCUGCCGCGUUGCCCGGGGCGACCACGACGAAGCCCGCCCCUGCACCGGUUGCAGCUUCAACGAACGGAGCGGCCAAGCCCAUUGCCGCGCCCUCCUCGGCAGCCAAGCGCACAUCCGCAGCCCCACCACCGCCACGUCCAGCCGCACCGCCUGCCGCGCCUGAGAAGCCAAUGUACAAGGCCCUCUACGACUUUGCGACUUCCAACGAGGGUGAGAUGGCUCUCACGGCCGGCGAGCAGGUUGAGGUGACGGAGAAGGACGAGGGUGGUGGGUGGUGGAUGGUCAGCAAGAAUGGGACGUUGGGCUGGGCCCCAUCCACGUAUUUGGAGCUGGUUCCGCCCAAGCCUAAGCCCGCAGCAGCUGCCCCUCCCCCGCCGGCGGCCAAGAGGACACCGCCUGCCCCGCCAAAAGUAGGCGGAGGGGGAGCCGCAACCCCACCAUCCGCAACAGCGAAGCCGAAGCCCGCGCCUGCCAUUGGAGGAGGAGCAGGGGCGAGCGCAGGGUUCGGCGCCCCCAAACCCAAGCCGGCUGUGGCACCCAAGCCCUCCUCUGCAUCCACGAAACCCUCUGAACGGCCCACCAGCGUCAUGGCGGACAGUGGAGCAGCGCCCGUUGCCGUGAUGCCAGGGAUGGCUACGGAGGGUGGAUUGGCGGCUAUUUUGGCUAGGAAGAAGGCGGAGAGGGAGGCCAGCGAGGGAGGGGGAGGAAGUGGGAACGGCACGCCAGCAAGAGGGACCCCGCCGCCUGUUGCGCCUAAGCCGGGAGCUGGGGCCGCGAAUGGGAAGCCGCCUCCACCGCCAAGAAGGUGA